UGUUUCACCUAAGGAUUGUGGAUGAAAAUUCAAAAAAUAGUGCCCUUUUCCUUUAACUUCAUGUUAAUUUUGCAAUUGGCUUGGAUUUUCUCCUGCUUCUCAUUUCUUUGCAUGCUUUCUUGGUCUCAUUGACAGUUACAGGUACUUUUGCCGUAAAGUAGGUGUUGUGCGUGAGUUGCAAGGCCUCCUCAAGCUGAAAGGGACGAGAAGCAUGACUUCCUCUCCAUUUACUGUUUUUUUUCAAAACAACCCUACUGGCAUCGCCCUCAUUUCCGCAUUCCCAAAUCCUCCCAGAUGGGGAUCACGUUUGGAAUCGGGCUGAUGCAACGGUUUCCACUCUUUAAAAUCUACUCGCGACCCACGUCCGACCAGAAGAAAGGACAUCUGUUCCACCAAAGCUCCAAGUCAGCUGCUGUGGUCCCGGUCGAGUGUGACACCAUGCCAGGACAAAUUCCAGAUCCCUCUGUGACCGCAGGAUCCCUGCCCAGCCUGGGCCCACUGGCUGGCAUCUCUGCCGCCACCCUGACUGACACGCUCAAGUUUGGUUACUUUCAAGAGUUUGAGAACAUGCUGUCACCUCUGCACUUCAUGGGCAGCACGGCCAACGGCCCUCUUGUCAUCAAAACAGAGAAAGAUGAAGAUGAAGAGGAGGAGGAGGAAGAGAGAAGGAAACGAAGGCGAGAGAAGAACAAAGUGGCUGCAGCACGGUGUCGAAAUAAGAAGAAAGAAAGGACGGAUUAUCUACAAAAGGAGUCCGAAAGAUUAGAGAUGUUAAACUCAGACCUGAAAGCCCAGAUUCGGGAGCUGAAAGUAGAACGGCAGCAACUGAUCCACAUGCUCAACCGCCAUCGGCCCACGUGCAUCGUCAGGACAGACAGCUUCCAGACACCUGAGAGUGAGGUGAACCCGUUGCUGGAGCAGCUGGAGGCCAACUGA